ACUUAAUUUAUUUUUAUUCAUGACAUAUCUUCUUUUGCUUGGUUCAUGUAUAAAUAUAAUUGGUUAAGCAAGUAGUACAGGAUUAUCGUUAUUCUGUAUAAUCCAGCUGGGAAAGAAAAGAUCUCAUACAUUCUACACGCAAUUAUCUAUCUAGUUGAACAUAUUCAUAGACUUUAGUAAUUUAAUUUCGUAAAUGAGUCUUAUUCAAUCGUCUUAACUAUUUCAUCAUCAUACCAAAUACCACACGUUUGGCAUUACAGUUCUUUCACUUUACAUCCUAUGUUGUGUAUGUAAAUUUUUAAUAGAGAGAGAAAAUGCAAACUUUAAAAGUUCCCUUGAUUGACAUUUCUCCCUUGAUUUCCAAAAGUCAGGGGAACGUCGAUUUGAUUUCAUCCGUUAUACAAGAAAUCUCAUUAGCCUGUCAAAAUUGGGGAUUCUUUUAUGUCAUCAAUCAUAAUAUCAAGGAAAGCGUAAUUUCGUCUGUAGAAAGUGAAAGUCUCAACUUCUUUAAACUGCCCAAAGAGAUCAAAAGUACUGUGGCCCGAUUUGAUGGAAAUUUUCAAGGAUAUUCGGACACCGAAUUGACUAAACAAAAACUGGACUGGAAGCAAAUUUUCGACUUUUCCCCAGAAGACGCAUUUCAAAGUGAAGUAACAUCACCACUUAAAGGAAUUGGAAUUCAUGGAAAAAACCAGUGGCCAAAUGACGCAAUUCUUCCUAAUUUUAAAAACACAAUGACUUCUUACUUGAAGGAAGUCCGUAAUCUUGGUUUGGUUUUGAUGCAAGCAAUAUUUAAAGGACUGGAGAUGGAUUGUAGCCAAAUUGUGGAUACACAAGAUCUACUGGAAUAUUGUUUUUCCAUCAAAGAAGACACCAGUUUUGGAAGACUCAACUAUUACCCCGAGUACGUUUCGAAUGGGAAUAAUUCGAACCAGUUAGGCGUUGGGCCACAUUCAGAUGCCGGCGUCCUCACGGUUUUAUACCAACAAGAAGGGGUCUGUUCCCUCCAAGUGCUGAAGGACAACACAUUUUAUGACAUCCCUCCAAUUAAAGAUUCAUUCGUCAUCAAUAUUGGAGAUAUGACUCAAGUUUGGUCCAACGGAAGAUACAAGGCUCCAAUUCAUCGCGUCUUGACAAAUGCGAACAAGACUAGAAUAAGCAUCCCAUUUUUUCUUAAUCCGAAAUAUUCUUGCCUUGUGGAACCACUUUGUCCACGAGAAGACCAAAUUUACAGACCCAUAUUGUGGAGUGAAUUUAGGAAGGGAAGAGUUCUUGGAGACUAUGCUGAUUUGGGGGAAGAGUUGCAAAUCUCGCAUUAUCUUGUUAAAUAGUAACGAGGAUAAAAUGACAAUUCGAAACUACAUCUUCGAAACUCAAUCACCAGAAAUUAAUUUAAAUCAGAAAUUUGGAACUAGAAUCAUUCAAAACACAUAUAUGUACACCAAUAUAUGUAUAUGUAUGAAAUACAAUGAGUUCGAAAAAUUGAAUAUGAUUGAAUAUGAUAAAAUAAAAUAGCAUGAACUAUGUAGACGUCGUAAAAUCGUGAUUUACGUGCGUUUAAUCCGCGUAAAGAAAUUAAAAUUAAUUCUAGUCUUUGUAACAGGUUAAUUUGUCAGGCAAUUCAAAUUACCCAAUAUGGAAGUAAGGAUUUUAUACAUAUAAAUAUUAACUAAACGGACUGUUUUAAUUCAGGGUAUAUUAGGGAAAAUAUGAAAUUUGUGUGCCAAUAUAAUUUAUAAUUAACUUACGUGACCAUACUUGCAAAAACAAUUGGACACCGUUUUACACAGAGUUUCAGUCCAAAAUGAAACAUCAUGAGAAUUAACCAUACGCAAGAUGCUUUGAGCAAGAAGAUGACUACAACAAAUUUUAGAAUAAAGGAAUGUACAAAACUUCAAUUUAUUUACUCAAUCCAAUGCUUGAAAAUUCUAAAACAGCCUAAAUUAAAACACAUAAAAAACAAUUAUAAAAAAUUUUACACAAGACAAAUAAAUAUUACACAAAGUAUUUGCUCGGUCUGCAUUA